AUGAGUACAGACGCAAAAGGAAGCGCACGUUUACAAGUGAAGUCACUUCUUCAAAAACCUUUAGACAAAUACAGGAAUACCGAAUCGAAGCAGCCAUUUGCUUUAUCAACCAGUAAUACUCCCGACAAGAAGGCUCAGAGUCGAAAACAUAAACAAGUACAAGCAAACGAAGGCAUGUCUUCUAUCGUCAAUCCACCUCCAAAACGAUUACGAACAUCCUCUCCAGAACCUUCUAUUAAACAUACAGCCGGCGAAAAUACAAUAUUUGAUGUCAGCGAAGAAGAUAUCCAUCCAUUGGAAUAUUGGAGGACGACAUUCUGUUGGCCAAAGACAUACUUUGAACUGGAGAGCGAGAUAAAUCCGCUUGCGAGGAAAAAGUCUUCGUCUUUUCGUAGCAAACAAUGGGAAACUGCUUAUUCUGAACCUACAUUUACUACACCUAGCGAUCAAAAGCCGAGUAUGACACUUGCAGUGAGAGGGGUAGUUGAACUUUUCAGGCUUGUAAAACGAGAGAAAGAACUCCAUCGAGAGAUACUUACAUUUUCAAUUUCGCAUGAUCAUCGAACUGUCAGGAUUUAUGGCCAUUAUCCUAUAAUCAUCGAUGGACAAAACACCACUUUUUAUCGUCAUCCAAUUCAUAAAUUCGAUAUUACAACAUUAGAUGGUAAGGAAAAAUGGACGGCAUAUAAGUUCACUAAGAAUAUCUAUGAUAUUUGGGUGCCGGCUCAUUUGAAGAGAAUCCGUUCCGCUAUCGAUGAUUUACCCUCUGAUCUGAAUUUUGAGGUCUCUGAGCAAUCAGAGAUGGAGGAAUCUGAGCUUUUACAAGACUUAGAAAAUCACAAUCGCUUGCAGCAAACAAGUCAUGAUGUUGUAUCGUUGGAGGAAGCUGAUAAUCAAUCAAAUUUAGUGGAUUAUUUAUAG